UUGUUAUUAACUGGCACUUUUAAAAUCUUCAGUUCUAAUUUAAAAGUUCUUUUAAAAAUUAAAAUUCUCAGGGUUAUUCGCCAUAUGUGUGUAGUGCAUCAGCGGCUACUUCUUGUUUUCAGCACUGUUAUUCUGUAUAGGCUCCCUGUGUGCGUGCAACAGGAUGCCUAAAUAUAAUAUUGGAUUUAUGAUAGUUGUGAAUAUUAAGUUCCAGUAGUAUAGAUUAAGUUGAAAGGCUAUGUUAAAUUCAUAAGAAACAGAUGUAGUAAUGGCCUUUGUAAUGCCUUCUGGUGUUGAUAAACCCUUCGAUAAUGAAAAUAAAGCAACAAUUAUCACCAGACUCAUUGUUAAGGGGACUGAUUUUUUUUCCCCUUGGCACUAGAGCCCUAGUGGGCCUAGGCCUACCUCCAUGAACUCCGUAAGGGGACUUAUUCAAUUAGCAAUUAUGAAAGGAACUAAACAAAAAAAAAUAUCACUCUGGUGAGAACUGAACAAGAUUAGGGCGAGUGCACUCUUACGGACCGAACAUCUUAAUAGCAUAGACCAAGAAGGCUAUAUGAUGCGUAAAAACUAGUACUUCCAUAUUUUUCCAUUCUUGAGAAACCGCAAGUCGCCCCAAAAAGUACAUGUGUAUUUUUUUUUUGUACAUGUGUUUCGUGGUGUCUUGUAGAAAAUUAUAUGGUAGGCGUCACAAACAGAAAUAUGAAAAUAUGGAGUUAGGGGCGUAGAAGGAUGUCACUGCAUAUCCGACGUAAAAUGGAAUAAAGUCAAAUGGCAGUGCAAUAGCAAAUAAUCCAGAAGGCCUGCGUUGCAUUGUUCGGCGUCUUGGUCGUUUGUGUGACAUUAUGCGGCUUUGGGACUGCACUUACACGUAGUAAACGCGUAUUAUCUAUUGGUACAGACAGCACAAAAUGAAUUAGAUUACAGUAAAACGUUCGAAGAGAAAGCGUAACACAUAUGCAAGAAGGCGUAAUUUCUUUACAGUCAUUACUAGGCUUAUUUAUUGGAUCCACAAAUUGUUUACAAAUCGCUUUCUUGGCUCCUGAUAAGUAUCUACGAGGUUAGACAGCGUUCCAUACGAAACGACAGUAAUCUUCGAGCAGCAUGGAUGGGAUCAAAGAGGAACCUGAAUCAGGCGACUCACGGCCAUCUUCUCCACUUGAAGAAUAUGAACCUAUUUUUAUAAAGACUGAACACUUUGAGCCUGAGACAUUGCCAAUAAUGAAAUGUGAAGCCGUGCAUAGUGUGGACAUAGAGAAAGAGGAACCUGAUGCAAAUAAAGAUGCUGCCCUGGGCAUGUUGUGGGAUGUCAACCCAAACAAGGAGCUCAAGGAUGAAGUGACCAUAGAGGAUCAUGAAGUACCUGUAGAUAGUGUGGAUCAGGCAACCAGCAUAAAGGAGGAUGGAGGUGGAAGCAGCAGUAGCAGCAGCAGUAGCAGCAGCAACCCUUCCAUCCAGUGUGAUAAGUAUAAGGAUGGCAGUAUCACCGUUUCAUCAAAUGGUAGGAAAGGAGUCACACAGCCAUAUAAAUGUGACGUAUGCAAUAAACAGUACCAGCACAAAGAGAAUCUGAGGAUACACUAUCGUAUCCACACAGGUGACACUCGAUUUGAAUGUGAUAUAUGCAACAAGGCAUUUUGCCAAAGUGGGCAUCUUGCAACUCACAGACGAACACACACCGGUGAGAAACCAUAUCAGUGUGAUGUAUGUCAUAAAUACUUCUCCCAGAAAGGCAAUUUACAGAGACAUUAUCGUAUUCACACUGGUGAUAAACGAUAUGAGUGUGAAGUAUGUGGUAAGACUUUCAUUCAGAAUGGUGAGCUUGUUGUACAUCGAAUGACUCAUACAAAAGAAAGGCCAUUUGGUUGCACUUUAUGCCCAAGAAGAUUUACGCAGAAAGAUAUAUUGAAGAAACAUUAUCGUAUGCACGCUGGAGACAAGCGUUUUACAUGUGAAAUAUGCAGUAAAGGUUAUUUUGAACGGCGUAGUCUGGAGAAGCACUAUCGUUCUCAUACGGGAGAGAAGCCAUUCAGUUGUGAGGUGUGUAAUAAGAAAUUCUCGCAGAAAAGCAUCCUGCAUAGCCAUGUACGUGUACAUACUGGAGAGAAACCAUUUACAUGUGAAAUAUGUAAUCAGGCUUUUUCUAGAAGUUUGCAUCUUCAGUCUCAUCGACGUACUCAUACCGGUGAGAAGCCCUUCUGUUGCGAAAUAUGCAAUAAGAGGUUUUCACAUAAACAUAAUUUGCAAAGACAUUCACGUAAUCAUGUAGUAAAUGUCAGUCAGGAUUGAAGUGCAUUGAAGCAAUCAUAUUGAUAUUGGAGAGUACAGUGUGAGGUAAUUUUUUCUUGUUCAUUUAAUGAAAUGAGCAAUAAUACAUUUCUACACAUAUAGAUAUGGAGUAAGAUGCUUAACAUCUCUCUCAGGAAAUGUGACUAUUUUAGUUGGAAUUUCAGGAAUAUGAGUAUGAGGUAAGACUGAACAAGGUGUAGGUAUACUGCAGAAGCAUAUUUCUCUAUUUUGAUCAAUUUUGAGAUGCUGAUGUAGAAAUCUGAUGUUUACAAUGAAGUGUGCUAACUUCUCAGUUGUGACAGUCUGUAAUCUGAUGGGACUUUAAGGGUAUUUCAGAGAAACAUACUGCCUCCAUAUUCAAGGUCAAAGAAUACGCGAAACAAACAGAAAAUUCCUCUGAAACACCAGUGAACUUGUACAACAUCACAUCCCUGUAGGUAGUAUUCUCUAUACAGUCACUCCUUUAAGAACCUCAAAUCCAAAAAUUAUAAGUUUUCAGAUUAAUUAAUAAAACUGUAGUGUUAAAGUAAAAUUGGCAUGAGAGUAGUUGUAUGCAACUUUUAUAAAUAAUUCAGGUUAGUGUGUAGAUAUGAAGGAGUUUGCAUACCUGAUAUGGAACAUUUAGUGUUGAAAUAGUGUUCUGUAUAAACAGAGCUUUGCAUGAUAUUACCAGCUUUUCAGGAUUCUCUAAUGCUAAUAACAGGAACAUUUAUUCAUCUGAAGAGGAUGUUAGUCUCAAUGUGGAUAUCUUAGGUUAGUACUAAGUGGACGUAAGAGGGAGAAGACUAUCCUGCCAAUGUAAUGCUAAUACAUUGCUUCAUGUGCGCGUGCAUGGUUAGAAACAGUGAUGACAUUGUUCAUUGAGAAAUGAGAUAUUGUUGAAUGUAGGAAAUAAUGUGAGAUGAGAGGAAUAUGUGAAACUGGAUGAAUCCAGUUGUUUGUGAGCACAGAGUUGACAGUUUCUUAUGUUGUGGAUGUGAUAAAAUUUGGGAUUUUUAAUGUAGUGACUGCAUUUAGAUUUAUUAUAUCAGAUCACAUAACAAAUUCUUAAUCAUAAAAUAAUUUAGUAGGAUGACGAAGGGAUGAGGUUAUGGCAGAAAUAAUUUCUGCAGGUAGGAAAACAUAUGAAAGCCUUGGUCUUCUACACUGGAACUUUGAUUUUGCACUUUCAGGUUUUAGGUUUUUCCAGAUUUUACACACUGCUCAUUUGGUCCUGGCCAAAUGCCCGUAAGAACAUCUGAGCUGUUCCACUUACGUUUGUCGUGGUAAAAUGGGCACAUCUUUGCAUAUGCACAUUUUUCAGUUUCACAUGAGAGCUAUACAGGCUGACAGCUCUAGAGAAAAAGGAAGAAAAUGACUGACUGGAUAGACAUAUCAUGGUAUAAUUUAGUGUAUUUCAUUUACAUUAUUUUGUUCAAAUCUCUAUAUUUUAAAUGUUACAAACUUAUGGUACAAAGAACCUACAUAUUUCUUUAUGUUGCAUCUUUUUCAUUUUCCUGAUUUUACACAUUGCUCCAUGUUACGCUUAUUUUAAUUUGGUUCCUUUGAAAGUGUAAAAUUGCAGUUUCACUGUAUGUAUAUGUAGCCAGGAUCUGUUGUACUGCAACAAUAUUCCUU